AUGUACGACCUCGACUGCACCCAUGAGCAGAAGUUGAAAGGUGCAGUAUCACUGUUAAGGGAUGAGGCCUACCAAUGGUGGCUUGCCGUCAAAGAGGGUAUUCAAGCUGAUCGAUUGAAUUGGGAGUUUUUUAAGACUACUUUUCAGGCUAAAUAUCUGGGUGCCAAUUAUGUGGAUGCCCGUAAAAGGGAAUUUCUGAACUUAACUCAGGGGGAGAAGACAGUGGCUGAAUAUGAGGCUGAAUUUUUACAAUUGAGCCGCUAUUCUCGUGGGAUGAUGGAAACAGAAUAUGAGCGGUGUGCUCGAUUUGAAGACAGCCUCAGGAAUAGUCUAAGGGUUCUGAUAGCUCCUCAGAGGGAGCAGGAUUUCACAGCAUUGUUGAUAAGGAAAAAAUCGCCGAGGAUGUAA